AUGGAGGCUCAGUUUGUCUGCGCUGAUCUGUCGGCGAUAACGGAUGAGGAUCUGUUGCGCAAAAUGUGGCAACAGGCGGAGGACUUUUCGCGCAAGAAAGAAAUCCGGGCGUAUAUGUACAAGUUGCGCGAGCAACGGCUGAAAGAUUUCUACGCCAGCAACGAAAGCAGUCCACCGUACUUCCUGAUGGAUAAUGCGAGCGCAACAUUCGGGCUGAAGAAGAGCACAGUCACGGGCAGCCAUGGCGAUUCCCUCGUCGACCAGAGCUUCGAGAGUUUCAAAACGAAGGAAAUCCGUGACUCGGAAAGCCCAACCAGAUUCGGCAGCAUGGCCAUACCGUCCGAUAACAGCGGUUGGCAGAUUCGAACAUCCGAGGAAGUAAGCGAAGAUGGCAAGACGCAUACGGUGCGGACGUCCGCCACAACCGAAGGAGUGAAGGAGAUUGACGGUGGUCGCACUGCGUUCGCUGGCAAGAACCUGGAAUCACACAGCGAGCAUUACGAUGGUGAUGAUACCAACUUUGUACACAGCAAGGGUGACCGCUCCACCACCGUGCUGGUGGAGGAUAGCAUCACUGAGGACGCGAAUGGGCGCAGCGUGACCGGAUCGACCCAUUCGACCACUACUUCCGUGAGCUCGACGCGCGUCGUCUAUCAGCAGCAGAACGGCGAUAGCGAGCGACCGAAACAACAGCUCGCUGAUGCUACCGACCAAGCCACCGCGACGAUGCUGGAGUUUGGCGAUGAUCACUGCAGUUCCUCGCAACAGCGUACCACCAGUGCGUUGAGCGAACGGGAGGAACAACCGGGACCGAAGGAGCUGUCCAAGGAUCCGGAGCGGGUGCGUGAAGCGUUUCGCCUGGCACAGGGCACCGGCAAGAUCAUCGAGCGCGAGGAAACGAUGGUGAACGCGUCGACGAAAAUGAUAACCGAAACGAAGCGGUUGGAUGAUGGGACGACGGUGACGACAAGAACGUAUGAAAAAAUCGCUCACGAGCCGUCGUCGACGAGCGAGCACCUGGAGCAGCGAAACCUCUCGUCCGCACAACUGCAAACAGAAAGCGUGGGCCGCUCGGGACGCCCGACCGAACGCACGAAUGCUGCGAGCGAAUUCAUCCGGCAGGAGAAGGCAAACCAGUCAUCAACGUCAACGGCAAAGACCAGCACGCAGCGCAUUCUGGUGGAGGUCGAUGCGGCUCACGAUUCCUUCGCACGCUCGUUGCGUUCCGUUUCGCCGACCGGCAGCAUUCGCUCGGUGCGUUCGAACGUAACCCUGCCCGGCCGUUCGAGCGCCAGCCCGGAGAAGGCCCAACCGGACACCAAACCCGACUACAUGCGCUCCACGUUCACAUCGGAGCGCAAGGUGUCCGGAUUUCAGGAGCAGCAUACCGGGCCCACACAACGUUCGCCUAGCCCCCGCAAGGUUUCGGAAGCCUCGCUGCACGCUGGCUCGCGCAGCACCUCCCCGGCGAAGCAAUCGGCUGCGAGCAGCAGCGCGCGGGAGUACGAAUCGACCACCGACGGUCAGACGCGCGUUACGGAAUCCGACCGGUCGAGCUGCCCGGAAGUGGACGGUGUUAAAGCGCGUGGCAGCACGAAACCGCCGCUGGUGCGCAGUGAAACAUACGAGGAAAGAUGCCGCAAGAUACUCGGAAUGCCGAACCGUCUGGCGGAUGAUGAUGCUAAGGGUGAAUCGAAGAGCAUCUUCAGCACGUACGAUAACACGGUGACGGUGCAGCAGUCGCGUUCCGAGCUGCGCGAGCAGCGCAAAAAAAUCGAACAGGAGAUUAAAUCGAUGGAGAGUAAAACAACGAACUCGCAGGCACGUCAAACGGCGGAUGAGCAGGAUAGCGUCGCUGGGAAGGAAGUGAACGCCAGCAGCAGUCGCAAGUCAUCGACGGUGGCUAAGGAAACCUCACCGACACGCAAGCUCUCCGCUCAGCACACUUCUCCGACGCGUAAACUUUCUUCCACGCCGAAAGAAAGCUCACCCACGCGGAAGGGUUUGGCAGAAGAGAGUUCUGCACCGAAGGGUGCACCAGUGAAAGACUAUUCGCCGAGCCGCAAAACACCUGCACGAGAAAUUUCCCCAGUAAUGGCCAAGGAAGUCUCGCCAACGCGCAAGCAAUCGACACCGGUGGACGAUGCGUUCGCACGCAAAUCCCCGACGAAGGAUGCAUCUCCUACGCGCAAAUCCCCGGCGAAGGAUGCAUCUCCUACGCGCAAAUCCCCGACGAAGGAUGCAUCUCCAACAAGACACCAGCCGAAUGUUGGGGACGUUUCGCCCACGCGCAAACCGUCGUCACAAACGGAGGCGUCUACGAAGCGCACGUCACCGGCAAAGGAAACUUCACCAUCGCGAAAGCCGGAACGCGUUGAAUCACCGGUGAAACUAACCUCAGAAACAACGACCAAAAGCAAGGCCACUAUACUGGUGGAGCAAAAGAAGGAGGGUCGUAAUAUAUCCGUGGCGGAAAUAACCAUCCUGCCCGUGAUGGAGGUGUCGGAGAGUGUGCGCACGAGGACAACAACGGCGCGUACCCACGAAAAGAUACUAACCAAGCAGUCGUCCGACUCCAAGUUUGAACGGCGCCCGGCCGGUACCUCCAACAGCCGGGUGAUCACCAACAAAAGCUCGUCCGACUUUGACGUGAAACGGCGCGCGGCAGAGAUGGCGGCACAGAGCAAGACCCGCUCAUCGGCGACCAGCCCGGACAAGCGGCGCCCGGCAGCGGGCACGGACAAAACCAUGCCCGUGAAGCAGAACCACAUCACUGUGGCCAAAAUCAAGAUCGAAUCGAUGCGCAAACCGUCCGAGACAAAGGCAAGGCACGGUGCAACCGAGGAGGUAAGCACUGUUAAGAGCAGUAUCAAACGUACCGGCGAGCAGGUGAAGCGACCAGUAGAGCCGGAAACCGAUCCGGAAUCGAGCAAGGAUACCGGCAUCUCCGAUAACAGUGAGGUGGAGGAAACGGUCGAGAGUGUGAUCGAGAUGAGCGUUACCGGUACGUCGUGCUGCCGGCAUACGGAUCGCAAAGACUCGGCCCCGGUUUACCGCACGACGGGCGUGGCCCGCACGGGCAAAAACUACACACGCUCGUCGAGCGAUAACCAUCUCCGGGCGACGAACGCUUCGACCAGUCGGCAGACAUCGGCCAACACCCACACGGUGGCUUCCAAAUCGACCACCGCCGGUGGGCGAAAGGCCGAACGGCCGGUGAAGCAUGUGGCUACGAAAACGAUUAACCUUUCCACGAAGGCGGUCGGCGGUGCUGGUGCGCUCAACACCACCUGCUCGAGUACGCUCGGUUCGGACCAUCUGGACAACGUGGUAAUAGACAUACAGCUGGCAAAAUCGUCCCGCGAACCGACACCGAACAAGCUGAUACCGAUACCCGUGUCGCCGGACACGGAAGAUACUGGCAAGCCGCGCUAUCCGGACGCGGUGCAGGAGCCGGACGAUGAGGCAUCCGGUGGACGGCAAAAUCGCACCCAGCGGGUUAGCAACAUUCCGAUCUUCGAGGAGGCCACCAACGAGUACGUGGGCUGCGAAAUCACCGAGGUGGACGAGGGCACCUCGCAGCAGGCGACACGCAUUACCAACCUGGACCGGGUGACCGAGGACGACGAGUCGCUGCUGAGCGUAACCGAGAAGGUGAACAAGUUUGCGCUGGAAGCGCGCCGACUGCAGGAACCAUCUGGCAGCGGAACUGCUGAGGCCCGGCCACAGACAGCCAGAUUCGCGGCCCGUCCCGAGUACGACGAUAUCGACGAGCAUCUGAAGUCGGACGAAUGUCUGCUGAGUGUGUCGGAUAAGGUGACCAAGUUUAUCUCGACCGCGGAGGAGGUGAAGAAGAUCCGCACAUCCGGACCGUUUGUGCCGGUGCAGGAGGAUGUACCGGUGAAGGUGACGGAAGGGGACGAAUGUUUGCUGAGCGUCAACGAGAAGGUGAACCGGUUCGCUAGCCGGAUGCAACGCACGUCGGAAAGCCGUGAACAGGAACCGACCACGGUGGGUCGUACCGGAGGGCGUCCGCAACCGUCCGUCGGCAAAGAUCCAGUUGAGCAGCAGGUGUCUGACGAGGAGGAGGAUGAACAGGAGGAGGUGUAUGAGCAGGGCGAGACAAAACACCGUACCGGCAGCGUGUCGGAAUCGGUAAGCAGUAAGUUUGUGCCCCAAAAGUCACCGGAGCUGGUUAAAAACGCCAUGCGUUCCACGGCGCGUCACAUCGUGGAGGACGCGACGGCGGAUGAUUUGGUGCAAUCGAGCGGGUCGAGCAUUGCCAACCGCUAUCGCACGACCACGAUGAGUAAGCAGUACGAGAGGCAACCAUCGGGCCCAGCGGCACCGUGCGCCAGCCCGAUCACGCUGCGCAGCACCGAAGCCGUGAAGAAGGCGAAGGAAAUCUUCGAGAAGGGCCAAACGGGGCAGGAUGUGCGUCAGCGCGACAUCCUGAACAGGCCGUCGAUUUGGGAGGAGCGGCGUAACAAACAGCAGCAGGCGGAGCAGAAAACGGCCGAUCUGAAGCUCGCCGACAUUGGAGUGACCGAGCGCAAAACAACGCAAACGACGGUGCGCGAAGAAGGCAGGGCUGUGGAUGGGCUGUCACAGCGGAAGGAAUCCGUCACGAAGGUGGAGCGUGCGGCGGAACCGGAUGCAGCGAAACCGGCACCCACCCACGGUCGGCGGGACAGUGGCAGUGGGGUACGACCUCCGACCUACGUUCGCGACACGGUGUCGGCGAAGAAGGAUAUGUUCGAGAAACGUAUUUCCUCGUCCAAAAUACAGGUCGAGUACACCACACAAACUUCGCAGGAGGGUGCGGAAAUAUCGAGCGCAACGUUAGCCAGAAGGCAAUCGUUGAAGCAGCAAGCAGAGCCUAGCGCUGGUCGACCAGCGCACACGGUGGAUCAAUCGAAACCAUCCUACAUGAACCACACCGUUGCCUCGCUCGAGCACAUUAACGCGAACCAGAGACGAGACUCGCUCGACCACGGAGUGCCGACGGUGCAUAGCGAAGUAACAACCGCACGCACUACGACCAGCAGUACCAAGUUCGGGGUCGAGCUGAAGCGCUUGGAUUCAGGCAACCGAGUGGUAGCAACCCCUGCCCCUGUCAGCUCCAAGCGCAAAACGAGUGCCGGAGACGCGCAGCCGGCUAUGGCCGCUGCAUCCUCCCAGGCAAUUGAAGAGAUCUUCGAUUUGGAGCUGCUCGAGCGUAUGCUGGAGUCGGUAACGGGUUACGAGCAGCGGCGCCGCAUACGGGCACAAAUUCGGGUGGUGAAGAAGCAGAAGGAACAGCAGACAUCCGCGGUUGUCCAGCCAGGUAAGCAGACUAGUGUUACCUCCGCGAAGACGAUCACCUCCACGCACAGCUCUAGUGUGACCAACGCGCGCGAAACAAGCGCCGGUAAACGAAAGGACAGCAGUCCGACGCGUUCUUCCACGCUGCCGGGGCGUAAGCAAUCGUCCACGGCUCCGACGGACGGCACCGAUGCUGGCACCGCGUGCCAGGCGAGCUUCGAGUCAGAGAAGAUGCUCGAGCGGAACGGCAAACAGCGGCAGCAGGAACAGGAAAGCGCCCGCAAUGCCGCAACGAGUGUUUCGACCACAACGAAAACGACGAUGGUUACGGAUCGGUUCGCUACCAAGACGGGAGCAGCCGAUCGCCAUCCACCGACUAAAGACGACCGGCCCAUCUGGGCGACGAGCAACAUCUUGAAGAAAGCGUCCGAAAACACGCGCACCUUUAAGAGCAGCAGUAUGACGAGCUCGUCCACCACGACCGGUAGUUCCGCUGGCGGUAGAAAGGUAGUCAGUACGACGUCCAGCUACCAGCAGGUCAAGUCGUCAACCGAUCCGAAAACAACGACUGACUGCAUCACCUCUAGCUACGGUGUCGGUCCGACGGACGAGAAUGGGUUGCCGCUGUUCGGGAUACGUGCCUUGAAGAAGAAGGCUGCACCGGUACCGGCCACUGCGGAAGACACCAAGAUCAGUGGGACGAUCGUCACCGAGACGCUGUACGCAGAGAAUGGUGGCCCGACGGUGGGCAAGCGCAGUACGACACACUACACGAACGAGCCGGGCACAUUUGCCGAGUUCGUGAAGAGCAGCGACCGCAGUGAUGCCGGACGUGAGGCAACGCUAGCCGAUGAGGGUUUCCCAUCCAGCAAGAAGUCCACCGGCAAGCUGAUGGCAAUCCGGAAGACGGAGACAAUCGAUGCUGGCGGUACGCACACCGAGGAGCUCGAGGUGAUGGAUGGUGCGGAGAUGGCAGCCCGGCGAGACGCCAAGGUCGUGCGCAAGGGCUCGGUGAAGGAGUUAACCGAGCGUUUCAUACACCGGGAGUCAUCGGGAUCGCUGACGCAGGAGUCGACGCGCACGUACCCGAAGGCCGGUCUAAUUCUGCGCUCAUCCGCGCAAAGCCAGUCGAGCCGUGCGUCGACACCGGCCACGGACGGUUGCUCCCUGCAGUCCGGAUCGGUGGACGAGUUCGAGCAGGAGCAGAUGGAGUCGGGCGUCACCGCGCGUCCGGUACGCUCGUUCCUGAACGACACCUCCAAGGUUGUCGACGUGCGCGAUGUGCUGCAGCGUAUGAGCAACGCGGACAACGUUACCGAGCAGGGCGAUACCGCGGAGGAUCAGGAGGCGCGAGCGCUGUUGAACAAAUUUCUCGGGGCAUCUGUUUUGAUGAGUGGCGUGGAGUCGAUGGUCUCGUCCACCGGCAGUAUGCUGUCCGAGGCAGCGUCGCUGCCCACCGCCACUAAAAAGGUCUCCAAGGUAACUUCAACUACCAGCGCCACUAAGACGCAAACGGUGAAAUCGUCCGGUGCCACUUCAACUACAUCUUCGCACAAGCAGGCAACAGUCGAAAAUCUCGACGACAAUUGGGACGAAGCUGUUCUGAAGCAGUUGCUGGAAUCAACCACAAACUACGACGAUCGUCGCAAAAUCCGGGCCCGCAUCCGUCAAGUAAUGGCUGAGAAAGAAGCGUGCGCGGAUAUUGUCGCCAUCGUGACAGCCGAUCUACAGCGCGAGCGCCAUCUACAGCAACAAUCGACGGCGGCGACGGCUAGCGCUGGUGGUAUGUCCGAACGCCAAAGUGCAACGACGGCCCCGGCUGCCAAUGGUUUAUCGCAGGGUGAGUCACUGCUGUUACCCUUGCUGCAGGGCCUGUUGUUGAGCAAUGCGGCCGCAUUCGGGUACAAGGGUAAUACCUUCGCCGGAAAUGCCACCGAAGGGGCGGGUGUUGGUAGUGGUGGUAGUGGUAGUAGCGGUAAUGGUGGUAGCGAUGGUUGUGGUGGUAGUCACCUUAAUAGUAGCGUCAAUGGUAGGAGCGGCGUCGCCGCGAUGGCCGUAUCGAAGAUUCCACCUGUUGAAGAUUCGGGCACGGAGUCGGGCGAAGAUUUGCGCUUGCUGGCAGCCGCCGGGCUGCAUGACAUCGGCGGUGCGCCGACUACCGGCAGCGGUGCGACCGUCAACGGUAGUGGCGGUGGCGCGGUCAGUGUCGAGCACGGGCUGCCGGGCAUACUGAGCGAGGUGGCGUCUGCGCUCGAGCGGCUGCAGUCGAGCCUGCAGGGUGAUCCGACCGGUCAGCCAAAGGUGAUGCAGAUCGAUGCGGAACAGCGUAGGGCACUGUUGGCCCUGAUCGCACGGCUACAGCAGGGUUUGCAGCAGCCGGAUCGGCAGGGGCGCGAACUGGCGACCGGUGGCGGGCUGCCCGAUGCGGGUGACGGUAGUGCCGGCGGGUUGGACCCGUGCCAGAACCGGACCCGGGCCGGAAGUUCAAGGUUCAGCUCGAAGCGACGUACCACUCGUAACAAUCGCCACACGGUGGGCGUCAGUCGUGAGGAGCUUGCCGACGCGAGAAGAUUCAUCGAGGAGAUGGUGAUGAUGGACAACAGACACCAGUCGGACCAGUCCGUGACGUCACCGGAGAAGGCGUACCUGCUGCAAAAGCAGCAAUCGCUCGGCACGGUGCUGGGUGCAGAGCCGGAAGCGGUAAACACCGGUGGGGCCGUACAAACGGGGCUGCCGCUGCUGAACGGUGGACCGGCACCCGCGACCGCCUUCGCCAUGAAGCGUCCGAGCCAGUUCGUGCCGAAAGAGAUGCAGAACGUACAGGCAUCGCUGGAUAAGUUGGUUCUGCCGGGAACGGGCGGGAAGCCGGCAACUGCGCCGACCCACCCAUCGCCCGGGGCCUCUCAGGUGCGUACCAAGCCGUUCAAGGAAAAGCUGCUGAUCCGGCAAUCCAUCAGCGUUGAUCAAGAUCUGCCGCCCGCCGUGAUCGACAAGCAGGAGUCUGUUAGUGCAAAACCGAUCGACCUUCACAAACACAAGACGGCGGAGCGUAUUGCCAAACACCACCAUCAGCAGCAGCAGCAGCAGCAACCAGAGUUACCUUUCAAGAAACCCACGCAAACCGUUGCCCAACGCGCACUGGUGAAAAAGUACUCCUUCAACGAUGGUUCCAGCUCGGACGAGGACGUCGCGCGACGUGCACAGCGCAAGACGGACGAAACGUCGAAAACGGCGGAACAGAUGGUGUUGCGCAACAAGAUCACACCGGCCGAACAACCCGGCCCCGCCAGCACCGUCGUGAUCAACACCGUGCAGAAAAUCGUAAGCCGCGAGACGAAACCGACCGGCGGGGAGAAGGGUCCGUGCGUCACGCGCCGGCCGCAGCAUCUCAACGGUAGCCGCACGCCCGAAUCGCACAAGGACGAUGCGCGACCGCUCAACAAGUACGCCAGCAAGAAGCUGCGCAUGAAGCGUGCCAACACGAUCGAUCUGCCGAAAAGUCUGCCGCAGCAGCUGGCGAGCGACGACGGUGCCGGGGACGACGAUGACGGCAGGCACGACCCGCAGCCGGAACGGUCCCACGGUCACAGCACCCGUCCGGCAGCGGCGCACCAGCCGGGAGCGUCCGGCGGCAAAUAUUUGCCAGCGGCCGGGCCGGCCGUGCCGCCGGUCGAUGUGCCCGACUUUAAGCCGCGCACCGAGAACGACCUCAAGUUUAUGGCGUUUCUGCAGCGGCAGAACCAGCAGUCGCGCCAGGUGUGGAGCAAACCGGUGCGGGAACACGUCGGUUCGAACAACUGGACGCACAAGUUCGACCAUCUGAAGAGCAACUUCGAGCAGGCGGAGCGGCGCGACCGGUCCGAACUGCCGCCCAAGUACGGCGCGGCACCGAAGACGUCGGCGAUGAGCUUCUGGCGGCAGGCGGAAAGCGGCUCAUUCGACGAAGGUGCCAAGGUGGGCCCGGUUAAGCAGCACGCCAAAUCGGUCACACCGAAUCAAACGGCCGGCUUCCGGGGGGCCGGUGGUAGGGUUGCAUCAGCGGGCCCGAGUGCGUCGGCAUCGCCGCGAACGACGCAGUCGGGCGGUAAGUAUGGUCCGACGACGUCGCACACCUUCCACCCCGAAACCUCCCCGGGCAGCCCGAUCGUGGAGGGGAAGCUGGUGCUGCCGAAGGCGGUGCCGGCCGGCAGCUUGGUGAACCAUUUUUCCCACGCACCCGCAUCGGCGUUUAAGCCGAUCCCGAAGAAGAUACCGCCGGCCAGCAUGGAGUUCAAGCCCAUCCAGCACGAGCUGGACGUUGUGAAGCCGAUACCGGCCCGUAUAUCGAACGCAACGGGGCUGGUGAAGCAGCUCGUCGCGACCGGGUUUAAGGAAACGCCCGAGGUCAAACCCGAACCGAUGCACGUGCAGCUGGGGCUGGUACGGUCGCUGGCGGCCCAGGGAUAUCAGGAGACACCGUACGUGCCGCUGCCGAAGCUGGAACGCACACCCACGCACAACGUGCUGAACUACAAGCCCCGACCCGACGGGUCGAGCGUUGCCGAGCCGGCACCGCCUGCCCCGUGGGUGGGCAAGCGAUCGAGCGAGGUGACGGGACCUGCUGGGAGCCGCGUGGCUAGUAUCGCUGCCACCAAGUUCACCGCGAACUCCUUCGGGCACAACAAACCGUCUCUGCCGACGCAGCAACCGCUGACCUACCAAGGCUCGCUGAAGUACGCCGAGAAGCCGCUCUCCUACCAGCAGAUGGCUGGCGGUGGGUCACUGCCCUACGAGAAGCGCGCCUCGUUACCGGACGUCUCGGUGGCACAUCUCGGCACAUUCACCUUCACCGACUACACGCAGCCGGAAGCGGUGUCCACGUUCACGCUGAAUCGCAGCGACUCGCUCACCAAUCCGGAAAAUGCGCCGCUCGUGCUGACGAGCACGAACUCCGUCUUCAGCCCGACGGCCGCACCGGUAACGCCCAACCAGCAGCAUCCACAGCAGAUCAACUAUCUCACCGUGAACGUCGAACGGCAGCAGGGACCUGCCGGGGUGUCCCCGCACUCCUCGGCGAACGAUGAAGACGACUACGAUUGUGACGAUCUGGAGUCGGUCGACUCGCAGGAGAUGCGUGUGGUGACCCGGGUGAUGCAGGCCCCGCUGGGCCGGCAGGCCACGUACACGGCCGCUAUGCGGCCGACCCACCUGACCGGGGGCACCUACGACACCAGCGGCCGGGGAUCAUUGAUUGCGCAGCACCUGCAAUCGUCGCUGAAGAAGAUCAAAGACAAAAGCCCAACACCGCCGAAACCGCGCCAGCCGAGUCUGGCCGGUGCUGGCGAGCCGAACCGGCGCCCGAUCGUGGCGCCGCAGGUGGAGGUUACGCUGCCCACUCCGGACCAAACGCAACCGCCGGUACCGGCGCACGCCAUCUACAACAACGUGCAGCCCCAUCCGAUGCAUCGGUUCGCGGAGCAGUCCCUGGCACGGACCAAGUCCAGCCACUCCCUCGCGGUGCCGAGCACGGUGCAGCAGUCGCGCCCGAUCAGUGCCGAAAAGCAGCGCACCGUCGAGGCGUACUUCACCGGACAACCAGCGGGCCAGCCCGCCGGCUACCUGAUGGCCCGGACCGCUUCCAACCACAAUCUGGUGCUGCGCGACAAGUCGUCCCUGGCCGCACCGCACGGCACCGUCCGGCCCGUGUCCUACGCCAUGGGUCACAACGCGGGCUACUACGGCGGCGGUGGCACCCAGCAGGGGCAGCAACAGUCACACCCGAGCUACGCACCGCACGCCUCGCUACACGCCCAGAAGCGACACGGGCCGAGCUACCUGGGUGACGCACCGCCGUACCAUCCGCAGCCGCACGGUGGAGGACUGCUGCGUAGUCGCACGAUGCCUCACAUACCGCUCGGCAGCCUGGCGCUGCUCGACGAGAACAACGUGGAGGACGCGUUCGAGGAGCUGAUGAACCAAUCGUUCGCAGUCUAG